UGUUAGCACUGAGCCCCAGUGGGAACCCCUCCCUGCCUUUGUUAAACUAAAAAAUAGUUUUAUUCUAUCCCUUACUUUACUCUGUACAGCCAGUGCUCUAGGACAAAGGAGAGCCAGGGCCCAGCUGUGUUCCUUUCUCUUCUAAGGAGAAUGCCCUGAAAAUUCUCGUUGAGACACAGCUCUUACCUUCCUUCUCAGUGAACUCACCUCUCCCAGGCAGUGUAAGGAGAACGAGUAGCAAGCGGUGGAAGUGGUGGAAAGGGAUUCCGGAGGUAUUGGCCGCUGACUCAGUUAAUUUCGCGCAAGCCUGUGAAGUUGGUUCUGCUAUGAGCCCCGCUCAGAGAGGAGGACACCAGGGUCCCAGCGGGAGGACCCGUGAGAGGAGAAGUGGGAGGAUGCCCGCGGCCGCAGCGUUCCUCAUGACGGCCAACCGGAAGCCCCGCGUCCCCCGUGGGUGGACUGGACGGGCUGGACGGACUAGGGAGCCCUCCCAGCGAGCCUCGCGCAGCGCGGAGGGAGCGCUGACGGCUGCAGCACCGCCUUUGCAGAUGGCAGAGCAGACAGGCAGCGUGCCGCGGGGGUGCCCGUGGGCAAGCUGACUGGGGGACUCAGGGCAGGGACGGGCCUGCCUGGGCAAAAGGAGGGAGGAGGCCGCGGCGGAGGGGCUGCGGGAGGCCGUAAGCCAGGAGCGGGGCUGGGUGUGCGCCUGUCAGUGUGGGGGAGUGUGCGGGGCCGGAGCCGUGGGGCUGCCACAUGCGACGCCAGCAGGGUUGCCAGCCUGGGGUGUUCCAUGGUGGGCUUUGCCUUCCGAGAGUGUCGCUCGGGUGUGUGAGCAGAGAGCCCAGCGCGGAGGGACAAGGCUCUUAGGACCGGAGAUGGACACGGUGGUGGAGAUGAACGGUUUCCGGGGCCAGGCCAGAAGGAUGUUUGAAGGCGAGCUGGCAAGUUUAACCGCCAUCCUAAAGACGGGCACGGUGAGGGUGCCCAAGCCCAUCAAAGUCCUGGACGCCCCCGGGGGCGGCAGCUUGCUGGUGAUGGAGCAUCUGGACAUGCGCUCCCUCGGCAGUCAUGCCGCUGCGCUUGGAGUCCAGCUGGCAGACCUACACCUGGACAACAAGAGGCUUGGAGAGACUCUGCAGAAGGAGGCCGGCACCGUGGGGAAAGGAGGCGGGCAGGUGGAGCGGCCCUUUGUCGACCAGUUUGGGUUUGACGUGGUGACCUGCUGCGGGUACCUCCCCCAGGUGAAUGACUGGCAGAGUGACUGGGUCACAUUCUAUGCCCGGCAGCGCAUUCAGCCCCAGAUGGAGCUGUUGGAGCAGGGGUCUGGGGACAGGGAGGCCCGCGAGCUCUGGGCCGCCCUGCAGUUGAAGAUCCCCGACCUGUUCCGAGACCUGGACAUCGUCCCGGCCCUGCUCCACGGAGACCUCUGGGGGGGAAACGUGGCGGAGGACCCCUCCGGGCCGGUCAUUUUUGACCCUGCCUCCUUCUACGGUCACUCGGAGUACGAGCUGGCCAUCGCCGGCAUGUUCGGGGGCUUCAGUGGCGCCUUCUACUCCGCCUACCACGGCAGGGUCCCCAAGGCCCCCGGCUUCGAGAGGCGCCAUCAGCUCUAUCAGCUGUUCCACUACCUGAACCACUGGAACCACUUCGGGGCGGGGUACAGGGGCUCCUCCCUCAGCAUCAUGCGGAACCUCGUCAGAUGAGCCCGCACUCUCGGGAGGGGCCGGGUUCCGUCACCAGAUCCCCGCCCCGACGCCGCCCCUCCUUCCUCCUCGGCCUCCCCUGGGCAUCCUGCUUCACACCCUGGAGCAGCUCAGACCAGCUUUCCAGGCCCUGUCCGCACCUCGGGGAAAAAAGGCUUUUUUGCCCUGCAGUUAGACUUUAAACUGCUCGAUAAAACUGCCCUAGAAACUGGAUGUGAGCUGGGGACCCUGGGGGGCUGCAUCCAGCCUGCAGCUGCCCCCGAGGGAGGUAGCCUGUGGGCCCAGGUCACCUUCCCUUCUCCGCCACCUCCGGGCCUGCCGUGGGCUGGGCAGGUGCGGGCAGGCGGGCAGUGAGCACACCGCUCGCCUCAGUGUCCCUGGCCAUGUGAGGCGCCGGUGGGCGAGUGCCGUUAGUGGCCCGUCGACUGCCAUUUCCUGAGGCCCGUGGAGUCUGGUCUCUUUGCAUCAUGGGAACCAGCGCUGACCCGGUCUUCAGCCCUCGGUCUGGCGGUGACGAGAGGUCCCCAUGAAUGGCUUCCACGUCCCUUUGGGUGAAACCGAAUAAGUUUUCAGUGGUUUCAGUGACGUGUGAGACUCUACUUCCCUUGUUUAUUGUAGCUCCUUGCCAGGGGACUUUGUGAUACGUGGUGACAAUAAACAGGUACUGCUAUGGCUUCUGAAAA